AUCUUCCUUCGACGUCGAUGAUUCACUGUUCGAGUCUUUUCGUUACUUUGUUCCUUGAAUUACUUCCCCAAUCCGUUUGGCUUCCCAGAAACGAGAAGAAAAUCUGAAUUUCCAGAUCUAUUCGAUGUUUUAUAUUAUUUGUAAUUGAGCAUAAUACAACUAGAGAGCUCAUUAGGCAGAGUGUAUUGAAUUAUUGUUUCAUUCAAUUUUCUCUACAACCAUGCAAAUUAUUCUGGUUAUCAAAUGCAAAUAUACCCCAGUCGACGGAACUAUCGGGUUUUUCUUCGACUAGUUUCAGUUGUGCUCAAAAUCUCUGCUUUUCUUACCUCCAAUGCCUGUUUGGAUUGCCAAAGCGAUCAGUCAAUCCCCCAGAAUCUUCAAGAAUUUCCGUUUCUUCGUGAAUUUUUCUUCUUCUUGUGCUCUCAAACCUAUUUGUGACAGAGAAGAAGGCACUAGGCUUGAUUGGGAUUAUGAGGAAUUGAAGCAUACAAUGCAGAGUUACGCCGCCUCAGGUGACUUUAGCAAUGCUCUUUACACUUUGAAUCAUAUGAAGACUGUACUGGGAAAGCCUACAGCUUAUGAUUAUAAUGCUUUGAUGUACUAUUAUUUGAAAUCGCAAAAUAUAUUGCUGGAAAGGUUAAAGGAAGUGUACAUUGGAAUGCAGAGGACUGGUCCUGCCCCAAAUGCAUCAACAUUCAACACUCUUAUCAGUGGAAUGGUUAAGCUUGGCAACAUCAAAGAGGCAUAUUUUUUUGUUGAAGAGAUGUAUCGGAGUGGUUAUGAACCUUCGGCUAGAUGCUUGUCUAAAAUGUUGAAAAAAACACUUGAAUUUGGGUUUGUAGUUGAGUCGAUUAGUGUUUUUGAGCUUAUGUUAGGCUUGGAGUAUUAUCCAACUGAACCCACCAUGACUUCAUUGAUUUUUAUGCUUUGCAAGUCCUGGAUGAUUUCAGAGGCUUAUUCUUUGUUCUGUGUUCUUCUGGAUAAGGGCAUUUAUUAUGGUGUGCAUACAUAUAAUACAAUUCUGUGGGCUUUAUUUAAAUCGGAUCAGAGUUACACUGCUCUGGGAUUGUUUUCUACGAUGAAGAAGAGGGGUAUUGUCCCUAAUGUGUGCUCGUAUACAGCUUUGAUUUAUGGAUUCUGUAAAGAAGGUUUACUGGAAGAUGCUCUAUGUUGUUUGGAUAAAAUGAAAAGUGAUGAUUGUAAGCCUAAUGUGAAAACCUACACUGUUAUUAUUAAGUUUCAUUGUGAUCACAGGAAUAUUGAGGAGGCAUUCAACUUAUUGGAUACGAUGGAAAUGGAAGGUUUUGUUCCUGACUUGCAAACUUACAAUGUUAUCCUCCGUGAACUUUGUCAUCAAGAUAGGGUGGCUGACUUAUCCAAGCUUAUGCUGGAUAUUGAUCAAAAAGGGCUUUCUCCGGAUUCAUAUACCUAUGCUGCAUUGGCUGGAGGAAUGUUGAAAACAGGCAAAGUAGAGAUUGUUAAUGACCUAUUCCUUGAUAAGAUUUUGAGGGGCUGCCCUCAGGAUGUUGCUGUAUAUAAUAUAUACUUCAAUUGUUUAUGUCUUCUGGGUAGAUCAGAAGAAGCAUUACUUCUGUUAAAUGACAUGAGGGAAAAAGGUGUUUUGCCAAAUAAUAUUACGUAUAACACAAUUUUGAAGGGCUUUCGCAAGGAAGAUAACAUCGAUGUAGCUUUGAAGCUUUUGGACCACUUUGACUGGGGUGCCAGUGGACCCAAUGUGGUUUCCUUCAAUACAAUUUUGUCUGCAGCAUGCAAACAGGGGAACACUUCAAUGAUUCGUAGGAUAUUUUAUCGUAUGGAGUAUGAAGGUAUUAAGCUUGAUGGUUUCAGUUUCACUUCCUUGAUUCAGUAUUUUUGUACAGUUGGGAAAUUUCCGGAGUGUCCAAAGAUUUUAGAAACCAUGAUUCUUGAAGGUCCAAGUCCAACUAUAAUCACCUUCAACGUGCUUUUGGGCGCACUUUGUAAGGCUGGGUUACUUGGAUCUGCUUACAGGAUUUGUGAGUAUCUUAGAAACACUGAGUGUCCACCAGACACUUCUUCUUAUAAAAUUCUGAUACAUGCUUGCAUAAGGAGUCACAAUCAUUAUUGGUUGGGUCAACUGUUCAGGGAGAUGCGUAGCCAGAGACUAAAGCCAGAUGUUUUAACUUACCAAUAUUUAAUUAAAGGCCUUUGUAGGGAAGGGAAGAUAUCGGUUGCACUCCAGCUCAGGGAUCAAAUGCUGGAGAAUGACCUCACACCAAAUAUUGCAAUUUACAAUACCAUAUUGGAGGCAAUGUUGAAGAGAGGUAUGUUCUGGGACACUGUCUCGUUGCUUAGAAUCAUGACGAAAGACGGGUGUAAAUUCAAUGACACAACCUCGGAGAUUAUUAGGCGAGAAGUUUCAAAAGGUUCGUUGAAGAGACUUCCUAGUAUUGCAAAAUGUUUUGAGUCCUUGAUAUGCAAUGAUGGUGAACGAGAAAUGUCUCACAGAGCGGUAGCAAGCUAAUUGAUUUACAGAAUUGUUGCCUACGGUCCCUUACAUCCAUAGGCCGUACUUAGCUUUGUCUUUGAUGAGGACCCUUUUUGAAGGAUAUCAAAACUUCGAAUCAGGAAUUGAUGCUUACAAGGAAAGAAGCAAAAACUGUUGGCAAUUGCCAUAGUUUCCUCCAGAACUAAGCUGAAGGUGGUUAGUCUCCAACAAUGAUUUUUCAAAUGGACUAGCUUUAUGUUUUAUUAACGAAGACUAUCUCUGGGUUCUUUGUCGUGACUAACCACGAUGCCUCGCUUUCGCAGUAGCCGUCCACAUUCACUGCAUUCGGAUAUUUUAAAACAUAAAGCUAGUCCAUUCGUUUAGUUGCGACAGAAACAGCUCUAUCCAGGUAAUAUUCUCUUUAUUGUUAGAUCGAGAUUCUAGGUGCAUAUAUGUAUUACGCACUUACUUUCACUUUUGCAGAAUGAACUUCCCCCUAAAAAAUCAUGGUAAUUUAAUUUUCAGAAUGACAAGAGUGAAUGUGGGGUGUCAUCCUUGUCGACUGUGUGGCUACUAUUUGAUUGAGCGAACCUGAAUGUUAUUGUUUAAAUUUGAAGCACGCAGUAUAAUAUGUGUGUGUGUGUGUCUAUAUGUAUGUAUAGCGCAUGGAGGUGGGGCUUAUAAUUCGGUGCACCAUAGGCCUGUCUAAGCCCACACACAUACCAUGUAAAAGAAGUCUUGUCGAAGAGUUAAAAUUAAGACACGCUUGAAAGGCUUCAAACAUGUUUAUAUUCCAUAAUCAACUGAAUCUCCCUCUUAUCAUGAAAAUGAGAAAUAAUCAGCAGGACUUAGGUCUGCUCCUGUGCUGAUAUAUGUUAGUGUACUGAAUUUCUUUUCAUAUAGCAUGUUUUUCAAAUUUUAUAGUUCCCUUUUAACUCUUUCUUGUCCAGCAGCUAGGCUCUCUCGGAAAUUUGUUCUAUUAUACUUGCAGUGACUAACAGUGACAUCCUGGACUUGACAUGUACUCAUCUAAGACUUGUUCUCUUAGUCCUCUUGAGUUAUGAAAGGAAUCACCCCUGACCAUCUCCUUCGCAGAACCCAUUUAGCUAUCGUAUCUGCCCAGUAUUCGCUUCAUGGAGCCAAGAGUGACACUUAUCCGAGCCUCGAACUGCUGGGAGUAUGAUGCCCUUAGUCUUUCAAUCCAUCUCUGUAGCCGGGUUCGCCAGCGCCUUUACAACCAAAGCUGCAUCACCCUCCAUGGACUCCACAAUCACAUUCUGCGUUUCUCUCCUUGACAAGAAGUUUCACUGCUAAAGCCUCUCGAACUAGAUCAUUAUUUCCCUGCACAAGUUCAGUUUGAAUGGCCAAAAUCUCUGUUUUUAUGGUCUGUAUCAACCACAGCAGCAGACAUCAAAUCCUGCCACACAAGAGGAAUCAAAAUUCAGCCUAAUAAAAGUAUAAGGAGGCGGCUUCCAUACACACAGGAGUGAAUAGCCCAUCUCAGCGCCAGUUUAUUGCCUUAGUAGAAUGUAAACUCCAGUAAGAAAAGUUUCUAGGAAUAUUACUGCCUACUGGUAAAGGUGUAAUCAGGUUGUCAACAGUCAAAGGGAAUCAAAAACACUACUCUCUUUUUUUCCUCUAUAUUU